AUGCCAUCAGAAUCGACUCUUUCAGUGAGAGGCUCGAAGCCAACGCCUCUUCUUUCAGAGGCCUCUCACGACGGUAUUCCCAAGCGGAUGGAGCAGGAUGCGAAGCGGGCGAAGGAGUUGCUAUAUUCCAAUGCAACCGUUCCUGACAGCAUUCCGCGGCAGAGGGAGGUCCCGAGACUUCCUCCGAAUACGACGCGAGAGAAGUUUGACGCGGCCAUGGCGGAGUUAAGAGAGAGACUCGGAGCGGCCAAUGUUGAAAUUAACGAUAAGCCGUUGGUGGAUGGGUGGUAUAUGGAGCAUCCAAACACACAUGAUGCAUUCCAUAUUGCACACCAAGAAGAUAUGGUUUGCAGCGCCGUUGUAUAUCCAUCCAGCACCGAAGAAGUACAGGCUGUCGUUUUCUGGGCAAAUAAGCAUCUCAUUCCGAUCUACCCAAUUUCCAUGGGAAGAAACAUUGGGUACGGUGGAGCAGCCCCUCGUGUUCCUGGAUCCGUUGUGCUUGAUCUUGGCCGCCGAAUGAACAAAGUGCUAAAGAUUGAUGGGAGCAGCGCCUCGUGUAUGGUGGAGCCGGGUGUUUCCUACUACAAACUGUACGAGGAAAUUCAAAAGACAGGCUUGCCUUUGUGGAUCGACUGCCCAGAUCUCGGUGGUGGAAGUGUUAUGGGAAAUGCACUAGAUCGUGGAGUUGGUUACACUCCUUAUGGAGACCACUUUUCUUACCACUGCGGUAUGGAGGUUGUUUUACCAACCGGUGAGCUUUUACGGACCGGAAUGGGUGCUCUCCCUGGGAAGGAUGGUGCAGACAAUCCUGUGUGGGAGUCAUUUCAACCUGCCUACGGUCCAUAUUCCGAUGGAAUGUUCUGCCAGAGUAACUAUGGUAUCGUUACGAAGAUGGGUUUCUGGCUCAUGCCUGACACUGGCCACAAGACAUAUAUGGUCACAUUUCCACGCGACGACGAUUUCGAACAUAUUGUAGAAGUUGUCAGACCUCUGGCGCAGUCCGGGAUUUUUGGAAAUAUUCCGCAGCUUCGCCACGUCAUUCAGGAGCUUGCUGUCACUGGAGAAAAUAAACGCAAAUGGUAUCAAGGCAAAGGCCGGAUGCCAAGAGAUGUUAUUUCUAAAUGUGCCAGUACUCAACCAUGUGGAGAUGUAGCGUGGGUCUUCUACGGCUGUCAAUAUGGUGACGAGAUAUCUAUUGAAUCUCAGAUGAGCAAGAUACGGACGGCCUUCGCCACUGUCAAAGGUAGCAAGUUUCUCUACCCGGACGACCUUCCGAAGGACCACUACAUCCAUUCUCGCAGUAAAGUUUUCUCGGGGGUCCCAGUUCUACGAGAAGUCGACUGGCUUAACUGGGUCCCGAACGCGGCGCAUCUUUUCUUCUCCCCCAUUACGCCUACCAGAGGCAAGGAUGCACGGAUCGUCCACAACAUAAUUGAUACAUUACACCAGAAAUGGGGCUUCGAUCUCUUUCCAACCCUGACAAUUUCCGGCCGUGAGAUGCAUUACAUUACCAACAUCGUCUAUGAUCGAUCGGAUCUCGACGCAAAGCGCCGUGCGACCGGGCUUAUGUGUGAACUCAUUGCUGCAUGCGCCAAAGAGGGUUAUGGCGAAUACAGAACGCACAUUCUGUUUGCUGAUCAAGUUGCUGCUACCUAUGGGUGGAACAACCAGGCGCUGCGCAGGUUCAACGAGACGGUGAAAGACGCCCUGGAUCCGAAUGGUAUUCUCGCGCCAGGUAGAAAUGGGAUUUGGCCGAGAGCAUACCGAGGGAAGGGGUGGGAAAUCACUGCAAAUAAUAGGGACGCCCAGGGAAUUUUCUCUCUUGGAUCCGAGACGAAAUCGAAACUUUGA